AUGGCCCGCACGCGCACCAAAGAGAUCGAACGCCCGGAAGACCUCGCACCCCCGCCCGUGCGCCUGGGCGGGGUCAUCGGCCACGAGCGCGCCCUGGGCGUCCUGCGCGCCGCCGUCGCGUCCGACCGCGUGCACCACGCGUGGAUCUUCGCCGGGCCAAAGGGCGUCGGGAAGUACACCACCGCCGUCGCCUUCUGCGCGAUGCUCCUCGACGAGACCACCGCGCCGGACCUGACGGGCAACCUCGCCCCGGACCCCGAGAGCCCGACGCAGAAGCUCAUCGACCACCACGCCCACCCGGACCUGCACGUUAUCAACAAGGAACUCAGCGCGCACUCCGAGGAUUCGCAGACCCGCAAGAGCAAGCAGAUCACCAUCCCGAAGAAGGUGGUGGACGAGUUCCUGCUGGAACCGAUUUCACUGGCGCCGACCAGAGCUUCCGGGGGGCGGGUGACCAAGGCGUUCAUCAUCGACGAGGCGGAGCUGAUGGACCGCAGCGCGACGAACGCGCCGGUGCAGAACUCGAUCCUCAAGACGCUCGAGGAGCCGCCGGACGGCGCGCUGAUCAUCCUCGUCACGUCGAGCGAGGAGCGACUCCUCCCGACGAUCCGCUCGCGCUGCCAGCGCGUCGCCUUCACCACGCUCUCCGAUCCGGAGAUGGACGAGUGGUUCGCCCGCCACGCGACCGAGGCGGACGCGCACGAGCUUGCGUGGGUCAAGGCCUUCGCGGACGGCUCGCCCGGUCGCGCCGAGCUGGCCCUCUCGACGAACCUCUACCAGUGGGCGAUGGAGCUCGAGCCCCUCCUCGACGAGCUGGACGCCGGCCGCUUCGAGCCCAAGCUCCCGGGCGUGAUGACCAACCUCAUCAAGGAGUGGGCCGAGGGCUGGGUGAAGGCCCACCCCAGCGCCUCCAAAGAAGCCGCCAACCACGCGGCCGCGGGGCACCUGUUCACGAUCCUGAGCCAGCGCUCCCGGCGGGCCCUCCGCGACCUCGCCUCGCACCGGGGAGACGACCCGGACGCCUUCGAGCGCGAGCUGACCCGCAUCGACACCAUCCGCGCGGCCGAGGGGCACGUGCGGGCGAAUGUGAAUAUGCAGAUCGUGAUGGAGCAUCUGGCGGCGGAGCUGGCGUAG